CAGUUAGUUAUUUAGCUUUUAAUCUGAAAGGGAAACAAAGUGAUACAUUGAGUUCAAAAACGGGCCUUUAAAGACGGACCUCAACCAAAACAUACGGUUAACUUUCAAAAUAAAAGCAAAACAAAAUCAUCCGCACUAGAAAUGCACAAUAAAGUUGACGGUGCCUCUUUGUGAAAACGUGAAGUUGAGCUGACAAUUAGGCAGAUAAUACUCCGAGAAGCUCCCGCAUUCUACGAACACGUUUCUUCUUUAAAUCUCCGCUAACAGCGUAACUGUACGUCAGUUACGCGGGUUUGGAGCUCGCGCAUAGUUGACGCACGUACGUAGAGCUGGAACAGAAAUUAAGCGAACUGUCCAAGAAACACUGAAGAAAAACGUUUUCUUUUGUUUCGUUCACUCAAUUCUGACAACAGCCCCGCUUAAACACCGUCAGGAGGGACAGAGAGUCUCCGUCUCUUUACAUCCAGCUGCUGUUUGGUGGCCUGCGUUAUUCCACAGAACAGCAGCAGAUGAAAGAAGCAAUGCCUGAAAAACAUGUCUCACAAAGAAGAUAACGAGGAGAAGAGUCGCUGCCACCGCACUGAUUUGUAUGCCAGCAUCCCUCGAACAUGUCUGCCUAUUGUGUACCACCCAGACUACAACAUCACUUUUAUGGGCCUUGAAAAGCUUCAUCCGUUUGAUGCGGGGAAGUGGGGGAAAGUCAUCCGCUUCUUGAAAGAGGAGCAGUUUAUCAAUGAUGGGAACCUUGUGGAGGCCCGUGAAGCUGCUGAGGAGGAUCUGCUGGUCGUUCACACCAAACGCUACCUCAACAGAUUAAAGUGGUCUCUGGUGGUGGCAACCAUCACAGAAAUUCCACCUCUCCUGUUUCUGCCUAAUUUCCUGGUGCAGCGGAAGGUGCUAAGGCCUUUGCGGACCCAGACAGGGGGAACAAUAAUGGCAGGAAAACUUGCUGUUGAGCGCGGAUGGGCCAUAAACGUAGGAGGAGGCUUCCACCACUGCUCCAGCGACAGAGGAGGUGGAUUUUGUGCCUAUGCUGACAUCACUUUGGCCAUCAAGUUUCUGUUUGAGAGAGUCGAAGGAAUCUCCAGGGUGACCAUCAUCGAUCUGGAUGCUCAUCAGGGAAAUGGACACGAGCGUGACUUUUUGGACGACAGGCGAGUGUUCAUCAUGGAUAUGUAUAAUCGCUACAUUUAUCCUGGAGACGAAUAUGCCAAAAGAGCAAUAAAAAGGAAGGUGGAGCUGGACUGGGGCACUGAAGACUCAGAGUACCUUCAGAAGGUUGAGCUCCACAUGGAGGGAACACUGAAUGAGGUCUUGCCUGAUAUCAUCGUUUAUAAUGCAGGGACAGACAUCUUGGAUGGGGACCCACUUGGAGGACUCUCAAUAUCACCACAGGGCAUUAUAAAGAGAGAUGAGCUCGUGUUCAGGGCUGCGAAGCGUCGGGGGAUCCCUGUACUCAUGGUGACAUCUGGAGGAUAUCAGAAGAAAACAGCCCGCAUAAUCGCCGACUCCAUCCUCAACCUGCACCGGCAAGGUCUGAUAGAAGGUGACGCCGCGGAAGGAGAGGGAUCGUCACCGCUGACGACCCACAUGACGUCCACCUCUGGAUCAGCGGGGUCAACAUCCACAGCUGUCUGAGGAGCCUUAAUCCUGGAGCUAACACUAACAUACCUGACUUUAAAGCACUAAGUAACUUUAUAUUGUGCUGUGAUCGUGUGACAGCUGUUGUAACAUUCAACACUUGUCUAAACUCAGAUUAUGUAACAAGAAAUUUGCACAUGUACAACUUUAAUAUUCAUAAGCUUUGGUAACAUUUUCACAUUUGUUAUGCGCAGGUUGACACAUACUCAAAGGGAAUAAUCAUUCAGAGGGAAAAAGCUGUCUUUAAACAACCGUGUUUUCACAGCUACGACUUUCAUAUGGAACAAAAGAGCUUUUUAAAUGUUUAAUCAGUAGGAGAGUUAUGGGUUUUAUGUGUAAUGUGUGAUCAGGUCAGCGUUUUGGCUAGAGGUAAUCUUUAAUCUCAGGAAAUGCAAAACUAAUAAUAACGUAUGAAGCAUAUGCUAUAUUAAGGCUUGAUGUACUUAAAUAAUAUACUUCCAAUGUAUGUGUAAAUAAUGUCUCAAGUUAUAAUAUAAAUAUAAAACGUAUAUAAUAUAAAAACAAACAUAACCGCACAUGAAAGUGUAAUUAUCUUAAUCAGAAGUAAUCUUUGGGUGAAUCUUAACAUUGAAAGAAGAUCAAAUCUAUAUAUAUAAGUGACUAGUGUCUUAAUCGAGAUAAGAUAUUUGUGCUUUGAAUCCAAUCUAAUAUGUACAGUUAAUGUUUAAAGUUAUUACAGGUACUAAUUGUUCCUGUAAUUGAAAAGAUUUGAGACACUAAAACCUUUGACUGAGCACUUUAACUGCUCAAGAAACUCAAGUCCGCCAACAUUUUAGACUCCUGAAAUUCAGUCUGCUCGUUCCAGCGUUUUUUCCGCCAUGUCUAGAUUUAAGUCUAAAACCCAGAGUGUUCAGUGAUUAAUGAGAAAGCCUGUACAGUAGAGUUUCCAGUGGCUUUCACUUUUGAUUGGUUGUUUAUAGUUAGACACACAGCUUCCCUAAUGAUGUUUACACAUGCAGAAACUUUGUAAAAGGAGCCACAAAAACACUGAGAUCAAUAUGAUUAAUGCAGCAGCUGAACCAAUAUCACCGCUUCCAAAAGAUACUAAAGGCAUCGUCCGACACAGACUGAAUACAAGCUGUGUGCUGAGGUGUAAUGAUCACUACGACAUUUUAUUAUAAAUCUCUGCCUAAAACAUGCACUAACUGAAGUCACAGUGCAUCACAAGCCUUUCUGUGAAAUACUGGCAUUGUCCUUCUUUGCUAAUAUAAGCUGAUAUCAAAUGCCAGGGCAUAGUGGUGGUCCCAGGUGAACCUACAUCAGUGUUGGCUGUGGAAUCAUUUAACAUUCAUUAUAUUUUGGGUGUGUCAUGUUUUUGGCAUUGCAAUGAUGUAUUUGUUCAUGUACAUAUAGGAGAAUUUAAAGUUGCUAUUUUUUUUCUAUUUUUUAUAUGUACAGUUUUGUGUGUGCGUGUGUGUGUGUGUGUGCGUGUGUGUGUCCAUCUACCCCAAAUCAAAAAACAAACAUCAAUGGAAAACAUUUUGUGAGCACUUUAUAAUUGGCCUUGCAGCUAUGAUGGCCACAUUGCAAAUACUGGUUAUCGCUGGUGCUGGCAUAGCCAUAAACACUGUGUGAACGUGAAAUCCACCCAAGCAUCCCUCUAUGGUAAACAACUUUUUUCACUUAGCAUUACAAAAAUGGCUUUUAACUUUUUACUUCUGCCAGGUCACUGGCAACCCAUCUGAGGCUGGUUUGGAAUUUGGGAAAUGUCCACCAAGCAGGCAGAAAAGUGAAAAUGUGGUGCUCUGCCCGAAACAUAUAGGAUUACAGGACGGAGCCAAAGCUUGGGCACUGCAGCGACAGCUUUGACUCAUCCACCCACACCAAUUAUGAACUCAUUCUGAUAACCUCCCUCCUCUCUCAUUCAUACUAAAUGAACACUCCUGGUUGCAACUGUCACAACCACAUUAGGUACAAUGCAUGCUUUAAGUGUUAAAUUCAGAGUAAUUUGCAAUAACACUGCCUGCGUAACCUAUUAGUAAGUCAUCCUUGAUUGAUUGAACAAGUACAAAAACCAAGUAGGUAUUCGCACUUGCACUUUGCACAGUAAAUUUUGCCCUAUAUGUUGGGAUGCCUUUUUCUGGAAAGGCAUCCCAACAGACAUGCCAAAGACAUGCGUGUUCAGUUGAAUGGUAACUGAACUGGCCGUAGGGUAGAUAUGCGGUUGUCCCUCAGUGUUAACCAUGUGGUGGAUUUGGGACCAAUCACCUUUCACCCUAUAGUGGACAGGCAUUGGCUACACAACCCUGUUUUGAAUAUGGAUUUAAAAAUGGAUGGAAAUAAUUAUCAAAAAAAGAAACCCUUAAACUCCUUGUACUAAUUCAUUUCUGCUGUUGAGGGUACAGUUUGGAUUUGGCUUUAGACUAUUAACUGAAAAUACUUUCCCCAUUUCGCCCAGUAACAUACAAUGUUUAAGUAGUGUUUAAUAACAGCAGACAAGGGUUCUGCAAUAUCACCAUGAAGGUGGUACGAGGGUUUUAAUCCUAGUGUUUGUCAUUACAUUCAGUUGUUCUUUGCUAUUUUGUGGCUAACUAGACCUAAAGUGGCAGCUGGAAGGUGCUGCUGUAAUCUUCAUGUUUGUUGUGUGCUAUUGCUACAGCUGUACUGUGAAAGUUUAUGGCUGUAAUGCAGACUUGCAGUUAUUUGAAAGAUUCAAAGGUCCAUCUUUGAACAGCGUGAAAGCCGUAUUGGGGUACUUAUCCUGGAAGCUGUUUGGAAACACUCAAAACCAAACUGUGAAAGGCGGGCCAUAGUGGUGUCUGUGCUAAUUAGUUAAAGCCUUUGAUCUUGCAUGCUGCUUUUGAAUGCAGCUAAAAGGUUUAGUGCAGUCUACCUUUAAUUAGGACUAUGAAAGUGUUGCUUACUGUAUGGAGGUUUGUUCUUAAAUACACAAUGCCAUCACAGCUCAUCAGAUCCUUUUUGUGUCAGCCAGUUUUUAUUACUGAAUCUUAUGUGCCAAAAAUAGAAGUUAAAAGCUGUACUAUAUGUUUUUGCUGUGUGUAAACACUGAAAAUUCCUUCUAUGCAUUUAUCAUGACAUUGAAUAAUUCCUAUAACAACCAA